AGUUCACCACAAGGGCAUCAGAAUGACAGUUACAACCAAAAUAAAGUUGUACAAUUUUCACAAAAUCGCCUCACAAAUUCUGCCUCUAUAAUAGUCUGGACGGAAAAAUAAAUCCGCAUUAAGCUAUUCCGGAAACCAUCUGCGAAGGAUCUACAUAAACACAAAUAUUACCUGUUGUUUGAAAAAUGUCUGGAACUAUCAAAAAGGCUACUCAGUUGACCGGUUUGGCUGUGGCCAAAAAUCCACACCAUACCUUGACGGCAUUGUACAACAAGAUUCUACGUGCGGUUGCUAAAAUGCCCCAGGAAGCAGCAUAUCGGCGCUACACUGAACAGAUUGUGACAGAAAGGGUCAAAAUCGUUGCCUCGUCUCCAACCGUUGCCGAAAUAGAGGGUAAAAUUAACUGUGGACAAGUAGAGGAGCUUAUAAUUCAAGCCGAGAAUGAACUGAAUUUGGCCCGGAAAAUGCUUGGCUGGAAGCCUUGGGAGUCAUUGGUGAAGCAAGCACCUGCCACUCAAUGGGCAUGGCCACCGGCUCAGAUCCAUGAACUCAAGUAAGCUGUAUUUUGCACUGUUUGAUUAUGUUGUGCUGGGACUAUAAAAUCUUCAUAUUAUAGUCAAUUGUUAUUAGCUUUA